UUAGACAGCUUCUCAGGAUGGUAUGUUGACGUGUAUCGCACAUUGGCCAAGACAGUGUCUGGUACAAGACAGACUGCUCUAAAACUGGACACACUCAACAUGGGCCAGUGUGUCACCAAGUGUAAAAAUCCAUCAUCCACACUAGGCAGUAAAAACGGUGAAAGGGACUCUAACAAGUCACAUAAGAGAAGCUCAGGACACAAGGAAGAACACACAUCUGCUGGUGGUAAGGCCUCAGGAGACAUCUUAGUCAAUGGAACAAAGAAAGCACAGGAUGCCGCAGUAGAGUCUUGUCAUCCUCAGGCACCAAGUGGUGAUGGAAAGAAGAAAGAACCAGGGUUGGGAGCAGAAGUGUCAUCUUUGCAAAGGAUUGAAGAAUUGUUUAGGAGAUACAAGGAUGAGCGGGAAGACGCCAUCUUAGAAGAAGGCAUGGAACGGUUUUGUAAUGAUCUGAGUGUGGACCCAACAGAGUUUAGAGUGUUAGUUCUGGCUUGGAAAUUCCAGGCUGCAACCAUGUGCAAGUUUACUAGGAAAGAGUUUUUUGAAGGAUGCAAGGCAAUAAAUGCAGACAGCAUUGAAGGAAUUUGCAACCGGUUUCCCAGUCUCUUAAAUGAAGCCAAGCAAGAAGAUAAAUUUAAGGAUCUUUAUCGUUUCACUUUUCAAUUUGGCCUGGACUCAGAAGAAGGGCAGCGGUCACUUCAUCGGAAAUAGCCAUUGCCCUCUGGAAGUUAGUAUUCACCCAGAACAAACCCCUCAUUUUGGACCAGUGGUUAGACUUCCUAAUUGAGAACCCCUCAGGAAUCAAGGGAAUCUCCCGAGACACAUGGAACAUGUUCCUAAACUUUACUCAGGUGAUUGGACCCGACCUUAGCAACUACAGUGAGGAUGAGGCCUGGCCUAGCCUCUUUGACACCUUUGUGGAAUGGGAACUAGAGAGAAGGAAAAAGGAAGAGGAAACCAAAUGUUUAAGAUCUUCAGACACAGAUCAUCUGAGUAUAGAUGAACAGACUUAG